AUGGCGUCGGAGCUAUAUUACUACAAGCCAUCAACUCCGCCCCGCGCCCUCAUGUCCGAUGCCGAGCUACUUAGUUCUGUUCACAGCCGAACGACCUCUGGUUCAUCUGCAUAUACCCAUGAUUCUUCGCCAGAGUCUCUAUCUACCAGCAUUUCGACGCCCGGAAGAUCUCCAGCAGGCCGUGCUCAUGGCCCAAUUCUUUUACCUAAGAUCAGACCUCAGGAUAUUGUGGUAGAGCCACAGUCACACUAUGGCCUGCCGCGAACGCGGAAAGCCUUGUCAACAACCCAGAACCCUCCUGGUUUUACCCCUUAUCCUUCUUCUCGACCUUCUGUUUCGCGCAGGGCAGUUGAACCAAUUGACUGCUCUUUGGUUUCUCCUAUUUGCACCACGCCUACUUCAUAUCAUGGUUAUCUUGGAGGGAGUGCUAUGUCUCCCACUUACGCUGUCCCUCCACCCAGCGCAAAGAAGAGAACUUCCCAUGCACGGAACCCAUCUGUUUCUAGUAUUGAUGACGCCACUCUCAGCCGAUAUGGCUAUCCUACUUACCGUCAGAUGCCCAAGUAUCUUUCACAGUAUAGCCCAACAACCCCUGUUUCUGCAACAUCCUUCACAUAUCCAACACCUAACUACCCAGAAGCCGAUUAUGCGGCCGCGUCCGACCCGCUAGUUGCUUAUCCAACAUCAGGAUACACAGCUCCCGCUUACCCUGGCACAUACCCAUCCUCAGCCUACCCAACAUCCGCCUGCUUAGCUGCCGCAGAAACCUACGCUCCUAGUUCUGAGGUUGCAACUACGCAGAACAGUCUCUACGGCUUUUCAGAUACUACAGCAAGAGCUCUGGGCGUUUCAACUGCCGACUCUUCUAUCUAUCCUGCUCUUAAUGGCCCUCCAGCUCCCCUUGCCCCACCAAUGGAAUAUUCUUCCCCCCCUUCAUCUGCAUCAACCACCUUGCUUGAGUACCUUAAUGCUCCCACCCAGGCCAUCAACCUAGUCGAGAUCAUGUCCUACCCAUCAAACAGAACGAACCAGGCGCACUUUUGGUGGGACGUCAGAAAUCUGCGACAGUGGUCUUCCUUUUCCCUUGAUGAUAUGAGCUCUAUUCCUCGCUUCCCCCAGCUCCUUACAACACACGUCUCGCAGGAUUGCCUUCCACUAACCACCGUCUCCUCGUCUCGGCUGUAUCCUGACUCUGAGAUUUCACUUACUGAUAUAAUUCGCGACGUUUAUGCUCCCCGAGUCAAUGCUGCUCUUCGCGUAUCCCAAGGACGCGAUUGCUUGUCCUUGUAUCCUGCCCCAAUAAACCCGGCAAAUAGGGAUAAUGACCCUCAUUUCCUCGCCAACUAUGCCAGCGAUACCGAGCAGACGCCGUCAGGCCUCCCUCGUGGCCGCAUUGUCGGUAUAGUCAAGUCUUUCAACCGAUGGAACACAGGGAUGCGAAAUGAACAACCCCAUCGACGUGUUGAGUAUCUCAAUGGUCUUUCUCAUUUGCAACGCUGCAUGAGAGAACACUCUUGCCGAUACGGGUUCAUCAUAACUGAAAUCGAACUUGUCUGUGUACGCGCCGGCUGUGAUGAAGGCGACGAUGUUCCAUACUUUGGCUACCUCGAGCUGGCUACUCCAAUCGCAACGAAGACAUCGGCAGAGUCGUACAACCCCAUGCUAUCCAGCAUCGGUCUGUCUCGCUCUGUCUCUGCCUCUUCAGCUCAAUCAUCUGAUUACUCUAGUUCAUCUCGUGGUGUAUCCCCAAUGCCUUCGAACCUCUCUGGCCCGUUCUCGGCUACCAUGGCACUAUAUUAUCUGCUUAUGUUGUCUAAAUCUGUGCCUCUGCCAACCCAGCCAUCAUGGCACCUCAAUGUCGGUGGUCCGGGGGCUCUGACUCGCCAACGCAUCCUGCCAGAGGACAAGGAUAAAUGGAUUCCAGAGCCACAACAGCGAGAGAAGCGUGAAGCGAAGCGAACUCGGGGAUGGGUCUGGCCACAGGAUGCCUGGCACCGUCGCGAAGGCGGCGGUUCUAGCAGAACCAGGGCCGCAAAAAUCGCUGCUACGAAGCGGUGGCAUAAGUGA